CCAGCAGGGUCAACUCUAUGCUGUGUGCUGGUUUGCAGACGAUACAUCGUUUGUGAAAAGCAAAAAUGUCUUCAGUUGAGCAUUUGAGAGAGUUUGUCAUCGAGCGACUAACUGCUGCUGCUGAAGAAAUAUUCGGAGUUUUCGAGAACACGAUCAUUGAGUACGAAGAAGAGAUCGACCGUCAGCGCAGAAUGUUGGAUGUCGUUUGGAAACCUGAAAUAAAGUUACAGAGGAUAGUCUCUCCAGAUCUCCCACAGCAACGUGUCUCUAAGGGGGAGGAAGGUCCCGCUGAUCAGCUGAGUAUUCAGGAGAGGAACCCCAGUCUGGACCAAGAGGAGCCAGAGCCUCCACAGAUCAAAGAGGAACAGGAGGAAGUCUGCACCAGUCAGGAGGGAGAGCAGCUUGAACUGAAGCAGGAGACCGAUGCCUUCAUGUUGACUCCUACUUAUGAGGAAAGUGCCCGCAGUAAAGCAGAACCCAACACUGCCCUCCAGUUCUUCUCUCACACCUCUUGUGUAGCUGAGAGCAGAGAUCAGAAAAGGGGUGAGCAUGGAGACUCUGGGUCAACUAUAAAUGCAGAACACAGUGACAAUGUAAACACCUGUAACUUGUCAACGAUUCUCUGUAACACGCACAAAAGUACAAGGGCUUUCGAAUGUAACACUUUUAAAUAUAAGUCAGAUUUUCAAAGACACCAAAUGAUACACACAAAUACGAAGCCGUAUUCAUGCAGCACAUGUGGGAAAAGAUUCGGUCACAUAUCAAUAUUGAAUACUCAUAAACGAAUCCACACAGGUGAGAAGCCAUAUCCAUGCAACACCUGUGGGAAACGAUUCAGUCGGACAUCAACAUUGAACACUCACUUAAUAGUCCAUACAGGUGAGAAGCCAUAUUCAUGCAACAUGUGUGGGAAGAGAUUCAGUCGGACAAAACUAUUGAACUCUCAUUUAAGAGUCCAUACAGGUGAGAAGCCGUAUUCUUGCAAAAUGUGUGGGGAAAGAUUCAGUUGGACAUCACAAUUGAAGAGACAUACAGUAACCCAUACCAGUGAAAAGCCGGAACAGCAACACCUGUAGGAAAAUAUUCUAAGCCAAGGGGUCUUCUAGGGCCGGGGACCCCUGAGCUGAAAAAGAGACGGAGUAGGGAUCCCCUUCUGCUAUACAUAUAUUGUAUAAAAUGAAGUUGCACGUUAAACAUGGGCAAACUGGGCAAAAAUAAACGGAAAGAAAUAUAUAAUGUACACAUCAUGUUUUAAUGCUAAACGUAUACUGUAUGUGGAAGGCACUGUGACUCCUUAAACUUCACGGCUUGGCACCAUAGUUGCUUCCGUACCUGUAGUGAGCUUAUCGUCAAUCUGUAAACGAAUUACAAUAUAUACGGUAUAUAAAUACAUAUUGUAUAUUUUAGUUUUUGAAAAGAGUAUUUUUUUCAAAGCAUAAAUUGGCACUGACUCUGAGGACCCCCUAUGGUUCAUGGACCCCAUGUUGAAUAUCUCUGUUUUAAGCAAUAUUUAUAUUGGAAAGGCAUAAACGAGUGCAUAGGCAAAUUGUCUUCUUUCUGAAUCCGAAUGAGGAACCACAGAAUUGCACUUGUGUUCAACACAUGUGGGAAAAGAUUUAGUUUGGAAACCACCAUUGAAGGAAUUUGUGUUUGCUAUUGUAUAUAAAGCAUUUCUUAUAAAGAAGAGGUCACCAUAUCUUAUUGUAACGAGCAGUAAGAUAUGGUAUCACGUGUCACGUUUUGUUAAAUUAACCUCCUUUUUCUUCUUCAUCUUACUGUAUCACUCAUAUUUCUGUUAGCAUCAGUAAUUAUUUCAUAUUUAUUUUAUCAUUUUAUUUAUUUAAUUGAACAAUUUCCCUUAGGUGA